AUGUCGAACGAUGCAGAAAAGUUUUGGUUAGGGAUCCUUAUUGUGCCCUUUGUGAGAGUGUUGAAGAAUCCAUUAUUCAUGUUCUUUGAGACUGUGUUAAUGCACGAGAAGUAUGGAAGCAGACCUGAAAUUUUGGCAGGUAGCAUUGCGAGGAAGAGACGAGAUCAAGUAUGGACACCUCCACCUUCGGGAUUCAUAAAGUUAAACAUGGAUGGAGUGAGGGACCCUAUCUCGGGGUUUGCACCGAUAGCUACUAUGGCAAGAGAUGAACUUGGUACAUGGCGUGGAGGAGUUGGGAGAAACAUUGGUAGAUGUAGUGUAGUGCAAGUUGAACUUUGGGCAAUUUACGAUGAACUCCUUAUGGCGUGGGAUGCUAAUUGGGUUAAUAUUAUUGUCGAAACAGGUUGCGCUUAA